GCCAACGAAAGUGUCCCUUGUAGCCCAUUUCCCAUAGUACCUGGCUAUCAAAAGUCCGAGUUGUGUAAUCUGACUUUACAAAACGGCUCUCCCUGGUUUUGCGGUCGACCAAGGAAACAGGAGCUAACAUGUUCAGAUUAUCAACGUGUUAGUUACUGGACAAAAUGCAUCGCUAUGCCAAUUACAACAGCUGAAGAUGUAUUACUAAAACAACGAACCGGCCA